AUGCCUUCCAGUCCUAAGAAGAAACGCUUCUUCAACAUCGGGUCUGUUUUCAACCCCAAAUCCAACACAAACACAAACGCGGCAUCGACCAGCAGCAACAACUCCAACCCCAGCGCCACUAACAACUCUUCCAGUGGCACACGCACCCCCACAACAGCUACCUCGGAUCCGUUGGAGUUGACUGCUUCUCCUUCGCCCUCCAACGACCUUUUGUCCGGCCCCAAAACUACAACCACAACCAGCGACACCCCCGUGCUGGCCGACUUUGGGAAACAAAAGGCCGGUUUCCGCAACACGUACAUCAACACAAGCUCCACGGCGUCCAACAACCCGUUCGCAAACCUGGGAGAGCAGCCACAAGCCGCCACAGGUACCACAUCGUCGUCUAGUAACACAAACGGAAACGCGUCUCCAGCCCUUGGUGAAAGCAACCCCGUGCCCGUCGCAGCGGGAAACAACAACAACAACAACCCUGUUGGUCUGCGUCUAGACAUUACCCCCGGCGCCGUCGAACAGGUCAAGUCGCCCUCGACCCCCUACAACAACCAAGGUCUGGCCGUGGAGGAGUUCUUCCACGAUUGCGCCGGCCCCUCCAACGAUAUCGUCACAUCCGUGACCAGUACCAACGACCACCAGCACGACAGCGCCGACUCCUCAGGCGACUCCAACGACACGGACAACAUUCCCAACUCCACGCCCCCCGAAUCUCCCACCGGAUCCAACUCCCCAGGAAACAUGAGCAUCGCAGGCGCACCCAAACGGGUCGGCGCGGGCAUGCGCUCCACUUCCGCAGCCACGCUGCAUUCGCAUGACAACGGUGGCCAGCGAGAAGUGGACCAACUGGAAGGCAUGGACGAAGAAGACGAUGUCCACAUGGCUGACUACGACGAAGAGCACAGCGGUCAGCAUGGCGACUCCAUGGACGACACUCCCGAACUCUCUUCUGCCGCCGGACACUCCACAACCGGAGCAGCAACAGCAGCAGCAUCCACAGCAGGCGCCGCCACGGCUGCCAAUACAGGCUCCACUGCGCCAUCGUCUUCACAGUCCGACGCACCGGGCUCUGCCGCCUCCGCUGCCUCCGACGGCCCCUCUGCUACAUGUGCCACUGCAUCCUCCGCUGCGCCUCCGUCUGCGCCUUCCGAGCCCCAAAUCCCGUCCAUCCGACUCACACCCGUCAUCGACCAUUCUACUUCCACCCCUGCACAAUACUUUGGUCCCAUCGAGCGACGUCUGACUAGUGGAUCCAUUCGCAUCGGCCGUCAGACGGAGUCCAAGGAUGAGCCCCAGCUUCCCCAGUACGAGCGGCCCAUUGUGUUCAAGUCCAAGGUUGUUUCGCGAUCGCAUGCGGAGUUCUUUGUCAAGGACGACCAGUGGUUUGUGCAGGAUAUGCGGUCUUCCUCAGGUACAUUCCUCAACCGUAGACGUCUGUCGGAGGCCGGCAAGCCCUCCAAGCCCCACGUUCUCAAGAACGGAGACAUGCUUCAGUUUGGCAUGGACUUCCGAGGAGGAACGGAGGAAAUCUUCAAGUGCAUCAAGGUCCGAGUGGAGACGAACCAGAGCUGGAAACGAAAGGUCCAGCAGUACAACAUCGAAGCGGUGGAGCGACUUCGAGGCAUGGCUAACGGCGAUCCCACUGACUCCGAGUGUGCUAUCUGUCUUGUGGCGGUGGGACCGUGCCAGCCACUGUUCAUUGCUCCCUGUUCGCAUGCCUGGCACUACAAGUGCAUCCGACCGCUCAUGGUCAAGACGUAUCCUCAUUUUCAGUGCCCCAACUGCAGAAACAUUUGCGAUUUGGAGGCCGAUGCCGAUGAGUCCAUGGUAAUGGAGGGAUAA